ACGACCCACCCGGUGAGUUUGACCCCUCGCCCGCCCGCCCGUUCGUCGGUGAAGUGAAGGGAUGACCAACCGAGCAGCAGACGGCUGCGGCGCCGUAUAUAUAGCCGCCCACGCGCGGUGGCGGAGGCGCUAUGAGCCGAGACGAGCCGAGCCGAGGAAGCGGGGGGCCUGGCACUAGCAGGAGGUCGGCGGAGGGAGCAAUGGCGGAAUCUAGCGGGUACGGGUCCGUGUCGGUGGACGUCGAGCGGAUCUCCUUCGGCGGCAAGGAGCAUCUUGUGAGGACGAGAUGUGGUUCUGUAACCGUUGCUGUGUAUGGAGACGAGGACAAGCCUGCGCUUGUAACAUACCCGGAUGUAGGUCUGAAUUACAUGUCCUGUUUCCAAGGAUUGUUCUUCUGCCCGGAAGCUGCGUCUUUGCUGCUCCACAAUUUCUGCAUCUACCACAUCAAUCCUCAGGGGCACGAGUUGGGAGCAGCUCCGAUAUCAUCAGAUGUUCCGGUGCCAACUGUGGAUGAUCUCGCUGAUCAAGUUGCAGAUGUGCUUGAUUUCUUCAGUUUAGGAUCUGUGAUGUGCCUUGGUGUCACGGCUGGUGCAUAUGUUCUCACUCUCUUUGCGACGAAAUAUCGGGAGAGGGUAAUAGGACUGAUGCUGGUUUCCCCUCUGUGCAAAGCCCCAUCGUGGAGCGAAUGGCUGUAUAAUAAAGUAUUGUUAAAUUUGCUUUAUUAUUACGGGACUCAAGGCCUGGUCAAGGAGUGCUUGCUUCAACGUUACUUUAGCAAGAAACUGCGUGGGGAUGCACAGUAUCCUGAAUCCGACAUAGUGCAAGCCUGUAAAAGUUUACUUGAUGAGAAGCAGAGUGAAAAUAUUUGGCGGUUUCUUCACUCAAUAAAUGAGAGGCAUGACUUAACAAAUUCAUUAAAGAAGCUGCAAUGCCGCACGCUAAUUUUUGUCGGCGAGAACUCAGAGUUCCAUGAGGAUGCUAUCCAUAUGACCACAAAACUGGACCGCAGAUACUGUGCACUAGUUGAGGUGCAGGAUUGUGGCUCCCUUGUGACCGAGGAACAGCCUUAUGCGAUGCUGAUGCCAAUGGAGUACUUCCUUAUGGGAUAUGGACUUUAUAGACCGUAUCAGCUAAGCAGCAGCCCACGAAGUCCACUAAGUCCAUGCUGUAUACCGCCUGAGCUGCUAUCUCCUGAGAGUAUGGGUGUGAAGCUGAAGCCGAUAAAGACUCGGGUUGCUAUCAAUUUCUAACACUGGCAAGCAAGCCUUUUGCAUCAGAAUGAAAACAGACCACCUUUCUUAGAAACCUGAAGACAGCCACAAUCUGAUCGCUCUAGGCACAGAAGUGGUGGUCACAACUCGGUUGUAUAACAUGGCAAAUGGCCAUUUCUGUUGGAGAUAACCUAUAUAAUGUACAUCACAAAAAAAAACAGGGCAAGGGGGACCCUGUAGUUGAGAUAACCAGUAUGUGUCUUUGUUCAAUUAGUUUGUGUAGUCAGCUUUCAGCACAAAUGUAAAUCUCAAAGUAGUUUGACAGAAACAAUAAGAAUCCAUCUCCAGGGUCUCAGAUGUUCAAAUUUCAUAA